GAGGGAGGGAGGGAGGGAAGGAGGGGAGGGACAGGUCCCGGGGAGUCGGUGGAAUGGCCGGUCGAGAGGGUCUUGGGCGCUGCUUUUCCCCGGAGCUGCCUCCACUCCUGCGACUGCCGCGAGGGCUGGCCUGAGCCGGAGCUCCUUGCUCUCCCGGCGCGACCCCCCGGGGCCGGGGCAGCGGCGCCGGCAUGUCGUCCAGCACCAUGAAGUUCAAUGGCUACAUGAGGGUCCGCAUCGGCGAGGCCGAGGCCGUGGGGCUGCAGCCCACCCGCUGGUCCUUGCGCCACUCACUCUUCAAGAAGGGCUACCAACUGCUGGACCCCUACCUGACGGUGAGCGUGGACCAGGUGCGCGUGGGCCAAACCAGCACCAAGCAGAAGACCAACAAACCCACGUACAAUGAGGAAUUCUGCGCCAAUGUUACCGACGGCGGCCACCUCGAGCUUGCCGUCUUCCACGAGACACCCCUGGGCUACGACCACUUCGUGGCCAACUGCACCCUGCAAUUUCAGGAGCUGCUGCGCACGGCCGGCACCUCGGACACCUUCGAGGGCUGGGUUGAUCUGGAGCCAGAGGGAAAAGUAUUUGUGGUAAUAACCCUAGCAGGGAGUUUCACUGAAGCUACUCUCCAGAGAGACCGAAUCUUCAAGCAUUUUACCAGAAAGCGCCAGGGUGCCAUGCGAAGGCGUGUCCACCAGAUCAAUGGGCACAAGUUCAUGGCCACGUACCUAAGGCAGCCCACAUACUGCUCUCACUGCAGGGAGUUCAUCUGGCAUCAUGCUGGGAACUCUGAGAACGUUGGGAGGCAGCAUGUGGAAGCCUCUGAUAAAUGUAUAAUCACUGGAUUCAAUUUCCUAGUGUGCACCUGUGUUGUCCACAAGCGCUGCCAUCAUCUAAUUGUUACAGCCUGUACUUGCCAAAACAUUAACAAAGUGGAUUCGAAGAUUACUGAACAGAGGUUUGGAAUCAACAUUCCACACAAGUUCAACAUCCACAACUACAAAGUGCCAACAUUUUGCGAUCACUGUGGCUCCCUGCUUUGGGGGAUAAUGCGACAAGGGCUUCAGUGUAAAAUAUGUAAAAUGAAUGUACAUAUCCGAUGUCAAGCGAACGUGGCCCCUAACUGUGGGGUGAACGCUGUGGAGCUAGCGAAGACCCUGGCAGGGAUGGGUCUCCAACCCGGAAACAUCUCCCCCACCUCGAAGUUUGUUUCCAGAUCAACCUUAAGACGACAAGGAAAGGAAAGCACCAAAGAAGGAAAUGGGGUCGGGGUUAAUUCUUCCAACCGACUUGGUAUCGACAACUUUGAGUUCAUCCGAGUGUUGGGGAAGGGAAGUUUUGGGAAGGUGAUGCUUGCAAGAAUAAAAGAAACAGGAGAACUCUAUGCCGUGAAGGUGCUGAAGAAGGACGUGAUCCUCCAGGAUGAUGACGUGGAAUGCACAAUGACGGAGAAAAGGAUCCUGUCUUUGGCCCGCAAUCACCCCUUCCUCACUCAGCUGUUCUGCUGCUUUCAGACCCCGGAUCGUCUGUUUUUUGUAAUGGAGUUUGUGAAUGGGGGCGACCUGAUGUUCCACAUUCAGAAGUCUCGUCGCUUUGAUGAAGCUCGAGCUCGUUUCUAUGCUGCAGAAAUCAUUUCAGCGCUUAUGUUCUUACACGAGAAAGGAAUCAUCUAUAGAGAUCUGAAAUUGGACAACGUUCUGUUGGACCAUGAGGGCCACUGUAAGCUGGCAGACUUCGGAAUGUGCAAGGAGGGGAUCUGUAAUGGUGUCACCACAGCAACGUUCUGUGGCACACCCGACUAUAUUGCUCCAGAGAUCCUGCAGGAAAUGCUUUAUGGCCCUGCCGUGGAUUGGUGGGCAAUGGGAGUGUUGCUCUACGAGAUGCUCUGUGGGCAUGCGCCCUUUGAGGCAGAGAAUGAAGAUGACCUCUUUGAGGCCAUACUGAAUGAUGAAGUGGUCUACCCUACCUGGCUCCAUGAAGAUGCCACAGGGAUCCUAAAGUCUUUCAUGACCAAAAACCCCACCAUGCGCUUGGGCAGCCUGCCUCAGGGAGGUGAGCACGCCAUCUUGAGACAUCCUUUCUUUAAGGAAAUCGACUGGGCCGAGCUGAACCAUCGUCAGAUAGAACCACCUUUCAGACCCAGAAUCAAAUCCCGAGAAGAUGUCAGUAAUUUCGACCCUGACUUCAUAAAGGAAGAGCCAGUUUUAACCCCAAUUGAUGAGGGACAUCUUCCUAUGAUUAACCAAGAUGAGUUUAGAAACUUUUCCUAUGUGUCUCCAGAAUUGCAACCGUAGCCUUACGGGGAAUGAGAGAGAUGGUAUAUGAGAAUCAAAAGGGAAUCAAGAUUUUCCAGGAAUUUCCUUGUGGGAACAGCCCAGUAUCAGCCUUAGAACAAGAACCUUACCUUCAAGGAGCAGAUGGAGAAUUCUAUGAAGGACAGAGCUUCAAGAGAUCAACUAUUUCAAGUCCUGAGGGAGCCAUGGUUCUGGAAUUAGUUGAUACUGAAGUAAGAUUUCAAGAAGUAUCUGCUCAAUUUAUGUGUUUCCAAUGGCUAUUUGGGGCUUGGGAAAGUAACAGGAGCCAAAAGGAGAAAAAGUAUGAAGAAUAAACUCAAUCUUUAAAAUUCUGAGCCAAGCAGGCUUUUUACCUCAAGAGGUAAAUCAAGACUUUGACUGUAUGGACCACUUUUGCUCUUCGUGGAGCCAGUGAAUCCCCAAGACUGGCCAUCUGCAAAAAAGUCUCCAAAUGCUAAUGAAGAAUUUAAGGAUAAUUUAAAAGGAAUGAAUGGCUUUCUAAAUAGAAUGAUUUACUCUGAAGAAACAAAAAAUGUCAUCAGUAAAACUCACAACUUAAAGCCCAAUUUCAAAAAAAUACGCUGAUGUACCAAGACAACUAAUAUUGCUUAUUCUUACCUUCAAUUAAUAGAUAUUUAUUGAGUUCCCAGUGAAAAGGUGCCAGAACACCCAAUUGUGUAAACAGAUUUUCAUUAAUGGAGCUUCAUUCUUGAGUUCAUUAAUUUACCUGGAUAUUGUUUGCAUUCUGUGAAAUGCCUUUCCACACUGCAUACAUGAUACUUCUUUUUCUGCACGUAACUGUUUUUCACAGAAGAAAAGUCACUGCUCCAAAGCAACUUUCCACAUAGUCAGCAGGCAGAACCAGAGGCACUUGCUGCCUGCUGACCUAUGGGAUCUCAUCAUGGGACAAUGUGUGGACAUUGCUCUGGACUCGUAAGUGAAGAAUUGCACGCCACUCAUGUCGUGGUUUAUACGUUAGCAGUGUGUUUAAAUUAUACUUUAAGAGAAAAUGAUGUUUGUUUGGUAUAAACUUUAACAAUUAGAAUUGGAUCUCAGAACACAUGCGUUUAUCAAAGAAGGAGCUUACAGUAUGUAACCGUCUAUGUAGUUGGAAAAUGUUAUCUGGCUGGAAAUAAAUACUUUUUUUAGCAAAAGAAAUUUUUUUGUCUGAAAGUAUUGAUGCCAGGGAAGUAUAUUUCUAAACAAAAUUAAAGCUUGGAGCAAAGUGGAUAGAACCCUUGACUUAAAGCAAAUUCCAGAAAGGAGAGGUUGACAUGAUCAUCUGUGUAUCCCUGAAAUUGCCUUUCGCUCUCUGACCAGAACUUCUGUUCGUAAUCAGGGUGAUGACUGCAAAGCAUUGCUGCAACCAGUUAAUCCUUGAAAUCCCAGUGGCAAGACAUAAUAAAUGUGUAUUUCUCAUUCACAUAAAGUCUAGUGCAAGUUUGAUGGCCCUCCUCUGUCUUGGAACUAAUCUGGAAAGUGGAGUUUCUAAGGUUGUCAUAGUCAGGGAAGAGAGAGAUGGAAGAAGUGCUCGCUGCUCACCUCUCCUAGCAGGGACACAUGUCACCUCUGCUCACCUUUGGUUGGGCAGAACACAGUCUCCAACUAUGAAAGGUAUAGGAAUUACAGAGCAACCGAGGGUUAUCAGCUUAGUACUGACAACCUGCCCUGGAUUAUUUUUUUGUAUCUCAUGGUGAAAAAUUACUUUUGAAUGGAAAGAAUAGAUAGGAUCCUCCUGUUACAUUUGUGUGGCACUUAGCAGUUCACAAGCACUCUCACCUACAUAAUUUCACUAGAUCAUCACAACAUCCCUAUGAUGUAAGCAGGUCAUUCAGCCACUGUUUCCACUAUUUACAGUGUGAAUAUUGUGCUACAUUUUACAAAUGAGAAGAAAACAGAGGCUCAGCAAAGCUGAGUUAGUGGGUGACCCAAGGGUUUCAGACUUGGUAAGGAGUGGACCCAGAGCUAAAGUGUAAAUCUUUGAAGUUCUAAUCCAACAGACUUCCAGGAAAGUGAGGGAUCAUACUGAUUUGGGAACUUUUUGGCCUUCACAACUACCUUAUAGCUCAGGAUCUACUGCCCUGUGGGGUUGAUUAGCUGCUUUUAUCUGGUUCAUGCUGGCAGAAAACCAUGAAGAAUAAAGUAUACCUCCUGUGUUCUUUUACAAGAUCCAUUCAUGAUCAUAGUCACACAAAGGAAGCAAAACGUUCUCUUUGUUGAGUUUGCAUGAUCACUUGCUUCCCUGUCCACAGUCUAUUCUCAAGCCUGCUACCUGGGUCUCGUACUUUGGGUUAAGUCCAUUCUUUUGAGAUAAUCCGAGAGUUGUCAGACAGGCUAUCCAACAGCUAAUAAUUUUGGUACGAUUGGAUUUCUGACGCUUUCUUUCUCACCUCCCUCUUGUAUAUAUGAUGAGAGAGAAGAAUACAGGAUGUUUCAUCUCAAACUCAAAAUCUCCAGUCCCAGGGUUA